UUGGUAUUCAAUGCAUUUUGUGUAUUGCUUCUGAUAACACAUGUAAGAGAAUAAUAGGCUCAGGGAAACAAAACCGACCCCACUUGACGAUAUGUAGGGCCCGAGUUCGGCAAUAAAUUUAUGCAUUACAACUAUAUAGCGACUGCACUGCCUGGUGCCCGAUAAAUAGGGGUAAUUUUAUGAUAACUGUUAUCUCGCAUCUGAAAACAGCGCUGACAUCAAGCGUUCUUCCGAUUCGUAGUGACAAAGACAGUACAAAGACGUCUGAAGAUCAAAGGGGAUUGAGUUUUAGAUAUAAAAAGAAACCACCCAUUGACCACUCAGUAAACUACAAAAUGCACGUGGAAGUAUCAGUUGCUCUUAACUUUGUCAUAUCUUAUUUGUACAAUAAAUUACCAAGACGAAGGGUUGACAUGCUGGCAGAGGAAUUGGAGAGAGGAUUGAAGAAAAAGUUUCAAGGUCAUUGGUAUCCAGACAAACCCUUUAAAGGUUCGGGCUUCAGGUGCGUACGAAUGAACGGCGAAAAAGUCGACCCUGUGUUUAUCCAUGCCGCGUCUGAGUGCGGAUUGUCUCUGGAGGAAGUCAAGACAUAUUUGCCCGCAGAACUUACUAUCUGGAUAGACCCCGCAGAAGUUUCAUAUCGCAUCGGCGAAAAGGGUCAAAUAAAAAUUUUAUACAGUGAUAGAAAGGAUGAGAGUACUGAAGAAACCGCUGAUCGCGAGGUCCAGGCAGCGGGACGUACAUUCAAUCCUGAUGCUCAGUGUUUCAAACCAAUCGACAAUUUGUCGGCCUCUUUAAACAAUCUCUGUUUAUCGCCUGUAAUGUUGUCUCCGUCAUCACCGACGUCAUCAAAAGGGUGGUCCGCGAGCGCGUCCACUUCACCAUCCGGAUCCCUGUUCAGUUCUACAGUAUCCAGACCCACGCCGCCAGCCACACAUGUGUCAAAAGAAAACGCUGUUCCUCGAUUUACAGCAGCAUCGUUUGCCCAAACAAAAUUUGGAUCCACAAAACUGAAAACCAACGCCAAAAGACCCACGCGUCUCUCGCCAACAGAGCUAGGUAACUACUUCCGGCAGCGAUCUUCAGUGCUCCACCCUCCUGCUACUGGCUAUUGUUCUCCACAAAGACCACGCUCCUUAUCUCCAAGAGAUCCACGCCUCGAAUUUUACAUGGAUCAGAAAAACCGUGUUUUCCUGUCCCAGCAACAACUCCAUCACCAACAGCAACACCUGCUUCACUCACCACAGCAUGGGAGUAGUCCGCCCUCACCACUCAGUGAAAGCGGGGUCGUCAGAUCACCAAUGUCCAGUCAAGGCUACGCGUCUGGUCACUUCAACGACUUUAUGUCAACUUCGUCUCCACUGACAUCUCCCGCAAAUUCCGCAACCGUGUCACCGGAAGCGGAUAAGUCGUUUAUGGAUGGGAUAAAUGUGAACCUUUCCUACAACGCUCAGUUUCCUCACAUGCUGUUGGCUAACUAGGAACUGGUCAGUGGAUAGAUCAGAAGACGACGACACACGACGUGUUUAACGUAGACGUUUUCUAGAGACUCCUAAUAUUCGUCACAGACCUUCGGUGUUCAUCUGUGCUAUGAGACAAUAAUUAUCACCUAUCUCGAUAUUCAUGGUUGUAGCUGGGUUUGGUUCGUGCAGCCAUUCGUGACAUAUAGUAUUUAUUUACAUGAAUUUUGGAGGGCAUCAAUUAUCGUAUUACAGUCCCAUAGUAGAGCGAUAUAUUCUACAAAUGUGAAAUAGUGGAGAUUUAUUGUUUUUAUUAGAUAUUCCACAUAUUAUAUCAUGUGUUAUAUAGCUAAGCAGUUAAAUUAUUUUUAUAUUAGUUAUAAUUUUUUCAAGAGAACGUUCGUACAAAAGAUUAUAUAUUCGUACACUUUUUAUGAUGGUAUAUGUAUAUACAGAUGGGGAAUUAGGUUUUCUACGGAAUGUCCAGCGUCAUUUUGAUAGAGCCUAUUUAUACACACCAUGUUCAUUAUUCAAUGUUACCUGGCCACACCGACAGGUGUUUCCGCCACUGGUCCUAAUUACUGCUGUAGCAUUUUAAUUAUCAAUAUUAUUCCGUUAUCUUCACCUUCCAUAACACGAUUUGGUGUUUACCUGCAAAUACUGAGUUUAGUAGCAUUAAUUGACGUAAUGCAACAAAUAGUUGUGAAUGACACCUAUACCAUAACUGAAAAAAAAAAAAAAAGAAUUGAAAAAAAUUCUAAUAUUAACCUUAGAUUCCCCAAGGAAACUGCUAACUUUUAACCCAUUUUUCACCUUUUUAUGUCCAUUGGGAGCAAUAAGUGCGGCUUGCUGAUAGCGCUCGUUCCUAGUUAGGAAUCCGUCCUGAGUGCUGAUAAGUAUAUAAUAUUGACCAGUGGGACCCCACGCCAAAACGAGCACCUGUCUUUGUCGGUCCAGUUAGGUGGGUGUGAGCGUUGUGCAAUAAUCAUUCAUUUCCAUGGCCUUCUAUGUUUGAGAACUGUAUUGUUUAUAUUGCUACAUAUUUUUAAGUUUGUAAUAAAAUUGGUAUUUUUA